AUGGAGUGGCAGCCGGAUGAACAGGGGUUGCAGCAGGUGCUUCAGCUGUUGAAGGACUCCCAGUCUCCGGACACAGCCACACAGAGAGCUGUGCAGGAAGUAUCCUACCUAACACACAGCAGUGUGUGUGUGUCUGCGUUCGAGAGAGAGUGAGAUUGUGUGAAAGAUGCUAGAGUCAUGAAUGUGUGUUGGUGAUUUGCCAUGUUGAUUGUUUUUGUCAGUGAAGGGGUGUUCCUUAAAAGUGUGUGUAGAAACUGGAACAGCUCAACCAGUUCCCAGACUUCAACAACUAUCUCAUCUUCGUCCUUACAAGCCUCAAAUCAGAGGGUAAGUGUGUGUGUAAUAAAAAUGUGUGCGAGCAUCAGUCAGUGGUUACGAAUCGUUUCCUCUCUUCCUUUACCCCCGCCCCUCUCUCUAGAUGAGCCGACCCGUUCUCUGAGUGGUCUCAUAUUGAAGAACAAUGUGAAGGCCCACUACCAGAACUUUCCUCCUCUCGUAGCUGACUUCAUCAAGAGGGAAUGUCUCAACAACAUCGGAGACCCCUCGCCCCUCAUCAGAGCAACCAUCGGUGAGAGAGAAAGAGAGUGUGUGUGUGUGCUGCAGAGUGAUUCAGGAUGUGUGGGUGAUUGAGCCUUUGCAGGUACUGGAGUCAGUCUGCGUGGGAGUAUGAGUUAAUCAGCUAGCUGAAGUGUCUUAGUGUGUGUGUGUGUGUGUGUGUGUGUGUGUUCAAGUUUCAGUUUCAAGUUUUAAUGUCACGUACAGUGAAAUUACUUCUUGCAAGCUCUAAACCCAACAAUGCAGUAAUCAAUGUAGUACUAAAAAUAACAUAAGGUAGAACAAAAACACACGAAAAAUAAGAAAUAAUGUUGUGUAUAAAUGUGUGUGUAUGUGCCUGUGUGUGUGUAACCUCUGCCUCCUGUCUCUCUAGGUAUCUUAAUAACAACCAUAGCAUCUAAAGGAGAGCUGCAGACAUGGCCUGAACUCCUCCCUCAACUCUGUAACCUGCUCAACUCUGAAGACUACAACACCUGCGAGGUCACACACACACACACACUUAGACACAAACAUGCUCAUACACACACAUCUAAUCUUUUGAUUGUGUAUAUAGGACUUAUGUUUAAUAACUUUCUGUGUGUGUACAGGGUUCUUUUGGAGCGCUGCAGAAGAUCUGUGAGGAUUCUUCAGAGCUGCUGGACAGUGAUGCUCUCAACAGACCCCUGAACAUCAUGAUCCCCAAGUUCCUACAGUUCUUUAAACACUGCAGCCCCAAGAUCAGGUCUGCUCCUCGAGAGCGAGAGAAAGAAAGAGCGAAAGGGAAAAAGUCUCUACCCUGGUGCUCUUCUCUCUCUCUCUCUAUCUCUGCUUCAGCCCUCGUCAUCUCUCUCUCUCUCUCUCAGCCUCGCUCCAUUUUCUAUUCUCUCUAUCUCUCUCUCUUCUCAGCCCUCGCUUUCCAUUUUCUCUCUCUCCGCCUCGUCCUUCUCUUCUUCUCUCUCUCUCUCUCCUCCCCUCAGGCUCCAUUCUCUCUCUCUCUCUCUCUCUCUCUCAGCCCUCGCUCCAUUCUCUCUCUCUCUCUCUUCUCUCUCUCUCUCAGCCCUCGCUCAUUUAUCUCUCCCCUCUCUCGCUCUCCUCUAGAACUUCUCCGGCGCCCUCGCAUCCAUGCUCCCUAAACCCUUCUCUAACCUUCUCUCUCGCGAUGCUCUAAGAAGCAGCUAGAAGGCGCUCCAUGCUAUCCUCUUCUAUAACUCUCCUCUCCUCAGCCCGCUCAUCUCCUCCCUCUCUCUCUCUCUCUCUCAGCCCUCGCUCCAUGCUCCUUACUCCCUGACAAGUAGUUGAUUUCUUCUAUUGAAUGCCACCAACUUUCUUUCCCCCCUCUCCAGGUCUCAUGCCAUAGCGUGUGUGAAUCAGUUCAUCAUCAGUAGAGCCCAGGCUCUGAUGGAUAACAUCGACACCUUCAUCGAGGUGAGACAGGGGUCGUGACUCAAAUGGCACCCUAGUCCCUAUAUAGUGCACUACUUUUGACAGUGGUCUGUCUGGGUUGAAUCCAGCGGACAGACGUGAUGUACAGUCACAGUUGCAAAUGUUUAUUAUAAAGAACUCCCCCAACCCCUCUCUCUAGAGUCUGUUUGCUUUAGCGGGGGAUGAGGACUGUGAGGUGAGGAAGAACGUGUGUAGAGCUCUGGUGAUGCUGCUGGAGGUCCGGAUAGACCGACUCAUACCACACAUGCACAGCAUUAUACAGGUAAGACCAACGAACUUUGACUCUACCCCUUAACCUCUAAACCUAUGACCUCAUACCACACAUGCACAGCAUUAUACAGGUAAGACCAACGAACUUUGACCUCUACCCCUUAACCUCUAAACCUAUGACUUCAUACCACACAUGAACAGCAUCAUACAGGUACCACCUAUGAACUCUGACCUCUACCCUUUAACCUCUAAACCUAUGACCUCAUACCACACAUGCACAGCAUUAUACAGGUAAGACCAAUGAACUUUGACCUCUACCCCUUAACCUCUAAACCUAUGACUUCAUACCAUACAUGCACAGCAUCGUACAGGUACCACCUACAACCCCUAACCCUUACCCCAUGACCCUGUGCCUUUUUGACCUUUCACAUACACACGUUCAUCACUCAUAUACCAUUUGUUUUGGGUAAACCACCUACACUCAAUAUGUUCUUCUCUCUUUCAUCCUCGUAUUCUUAUGGCCCCUUACCUCUUUUCCAUAUUGCCUUCUGUUUCUAUAAGAAAAAUCACUUUCUCUCUCCUGCCCCCCCACCCCCCCAGUACAUGCUCCAGCGUACCCAGGACCCAGACGAGAAUGUUAGUUUGGAGGCCUGUGAGUUCUGGCUCACCCUGGCUGAACAGCCCGUCUGCAAGGAGGCCCUCUCCGGGCACCUGGUCCAGUAAGUACACAGACGCACGCAUCCCUACGCACAUGGACGCAUACACAUCACACACACACACACAUUAAGGGAUGGCUAGGUGGGUUUUUAGUAAGAGGGGUGUAGUUGGAUGAAAAAGGAGUAGUGUGGUUUGGUUGUCAGUGUCUCUCCUGUUUUUCCCAGACUCAUCCCUAUCCUGGUGAAUGGGAUGAAGUACUCUGAGAUAGACAUCAUCCUCCUAAAGGUGAGUUUACAGACGUCUGUCUGUCUGUCGGUCUGUCCAUGUGAGAGGGAUGUCUAGUUUAUGUAUAUGUCAGUCUGGAUGUACCACUCCCAAUGACAACAGGAAAAAAAAAAAAAAGGGAAAAGAAGAGAGAAAAAGAAAAAACUCAGGAAAACAAAAAAACGGGGCACAGUAAAGACAAAACAGAAAGGACAAAGGUACAGAGAGCUAAAAAAGAAAAAAACAGGGAGAUAAGACAAGGCAAGACACGACCAACUCCCCCAGACCUCACCCUCCCGCAUAGAAAACCCAAACCCCCCUCCAUGUUCCCCUACCUCCCCUCAUCUCCCUCUCCCCCCUUCCCUCCCUCCUUUCUCUCUCCCCCUCCCCCCUUUCUCUCUCACAAUCCCCCCUUUCUCCCUCCCCCUUCCCCAGGGAGAUAUAGAGGAGGAGGAUGACACAGUACCUGACAGUGAGCAGGACAUCAAGCCUCGCUUCCACAAGUCACGCACCGUCACCCUGCAACACGAGGGAGGAGAGGGGGAGGAGGGGGAGGAUGACGAAGAUGAGGAUGACGAUGAUGACACACUCUCUGACUGGAACCUGCGUGAGUGGUUGAGGGAUUGCGUGACAGCUCAGCUGACCAAUCAGAGCCGGGGAAAUCGGAUUGGCAGCCAAUCUUUAGUGGUUGUCCCUCCCAAGAGAAGACUUAGGGCUGUUUUUCAGUUCUCAGUUGAUGUCACUGAUUAGCCAUGAAGAUACGCAAAACACACACUUACUCGUUUAUGUGGAAAAUGGGGACUUCUCUCACACAUGGUCUAAAUCAGUUGCUGUUUAACUAGAGCUGUAGUACGUGUUUUAACCUCCCCACUCUCUCUCUGUCUCGCUCUCUCUCUCUGUCUCGCUCUGUCUCUGUUUCUCUCUGUGUUUCUCUCUCUCUCUCUCACAGGGAAGUGUUCUGCGGCAGCGUUAGACGUGUUGGCUAACGUGUUUCGUGAAGAGCUCCUCCCCCACCUGCUGCCCCUGCUGAAGGGCCUGUUGUUCCACCCAGACUGGGUCGUCAAGGAGUCUGGAAUACUGGUGCUGGGGGCUAUCGCUGAGGGUAAGACCUGACCUUGAACCGCUGACCUUUAUUCUACUUCAUGGAACUAAAAGCAUUUCACUAGGAACACCUGUGUUCACUCUCUCUCUCUCUCUCUCUCUCCCCUCCUCUCUCUACCUCUCUACCCCCCCCCCUCCUCUCUCUACCUCUCUCUCCCCCCCCCCCUCCUCUCUCUCUCUACCUCUCCACCUCCCCUCUCUCCCCUAGGUUGUAUGCAGGGCAUGGUUCCCUACCUACCAGAGUUGAUGCCUCACCUCAUCCAGUGUCUGUGUGAUAAAAAGGCCCUGGUGCGUUCCAUCGCCUGCUGGACUCUGUCCCGCUACGCCCACUGGGUGGUCAGCCAACCCCCGGACUCCCACCUCAAACCCCUCAUGACUGAACUCCUCAAGAGGAUCCUGGACGGGAACAAGAGGGUACAGGAGGCCGCCUGCAGGUGUGUGUGGGGAGGGAGUGGAUGGUGGGGGACUGGGGGUGAGUGGGGAGGGAGUGGGUGGUGGAGGACUGGGGGUGAGUGGGGAGGGAGUGGGUGGUGGAGGACUGGGGGUGUGUGGGAGGGAGUGGUUGGUGGAGGACUGGGGGUUGUGGGGGGAGGGAAGGGAGGGAGGGAGUGGUGGGUUGGGUGGUGGAGGACUGGGGGGAGGGAGGGGGUGGGGUGGGGAGGAUGGGGGUGGGUGGGGGAGGAGGGGGGUGGGUGGGGUGGUGGAGGACUGGGGUGUGUGUGGGGGGGAGGGAGUGGGUGGUGGGAGGACUGGGGGUGUGGUGGGGGAGGGAGGGAGUGGGUGGGUGGGUGGUGGAGGACUGGGGGGAGGGAGUGGGUGGGUGGUGGAGGACUGGGGGUGUGUGGGGAGGGAGGCAGGGAGUGGGUGGGUGGUGGAGGACUGGGGGUGUGUGGGGAGGCAGUGGUUGGUGGAGGACUGGGGGUGUGUGGGGAGGGAGGGAGGGAGUGGGUGGUGGGUGGUGGAGGACUGGGGGUGUGUGGGGAGGCAGUGGUUGGUGAGUGGGUGUGUUUGAGAGAAUAGAGAUGUUGACCUGAAAUUCAAUUCCUCUUUCUCUCUCCCUCCACUCUCCCCCUUUUCCCCCUCCACUCUCCCCCUCCCUCCCUCCCUCCCUCCUCUCAGUGCGUUUGCUACCCUAGAGGAGGAGGCUUGUACAGAGCUGGUUCCAUAUCUGAGCUUCAUUCUGGAUACACUGGUCUUCGCCUUUGGAAAAUACCAACACAAGAACCUACUCAUACUCUAUGACGCUAUAGGAACGCUGGCCGACUCUGUAGGACAUCAUCUCAACCAACCGGUUAGUAUGUAGUUAGGCUAGAUAAACACCCCCUUCUAGUUUACCCUCAAUGUCCCAUUCUAGACAGUCAUUUUCUGGCCAUUUCCUGUUUUAUUUUUGACAUACCUGUUUUAACCAUCUCUCUCCUCUCUUUUCCUCCCCCCAUCCCAUCUCUCCUCUAUUCCCACAUCGUCCCCUCAAUCCCCUCCCCUCUGCUCUCCCCUCUCCUCCUCCCCCCUCUCUCCCCUCCCUCCCCCGCUCCCCCCUCCUCCCCCCUCUCCUCCCUCCUCCCUCUCCCCCCCCUCCUUUUCCCCUCCUCUCCUCCCUCCCCUCUCUCUCCUCUCCUCUAGGAGUACAUAGAGAAGCUGAUGCCGCCCCUCAUAGCCAAGUGGAAUGAGCUGAAAGAUGAAGAUAAGGAUCUGUUCAGCUGUGAGGUCCUUCGUCAGUGAAGACAGCUCAGAGGUCGUUCCGCCUACUGUGAACCAGUGUCAACGCUGUGUAAAACUGUGCAGAAAACUGGCUCAGCUAUGGUAACGUACAGCUGUACACUGCACAAAACAAACCUCAGCACACACACACAUCAACAUGAACAGCACACCACACUUUAUCAUCUGUGAUUAAAGAUUGAAUGGUGUUUAAUCUUAACUCUCUCUCUCAUCCUCCUCCCCAGAUGUAUGAUCUUAACUCUCUCUCUCUCCCCUCCCCUCUCCCCCAGAUGUAUGAUCUUACUCUCUUCUCUCUCUCUCUCUCUCUCCCCCCCCCCCCCCCCCAGAUGUAUGAUCUUAACUCUCUCUCUCUCCCCCUCUACUCUCUCUCCCCCCAUCCCACGCCGACCAGAGAGUUGAUCUUUAACUCUUUCUCCUCCUCCUCAGUGGUCUGGCUGCCUGCCCGCCAUGUAUGAACAGCGACAUACGAGCUCCUGAUAGGACUUUUAUGAUGUAGCAUGGACCUCCUCAGUGGUCUGGCUGAGGGCCUGGGGGGCCACGUUGAUCAGCUGGUUGCCCGGAGCAACAUCAUGACACUACUGUUUCAGUGCAUGUCAAGGGACGGAGUUGUGGUGUAGGGGGUGGUGGGAGUGUGUGAGGAGGUGGGGGGGAGGUGGGAGUGUGGAGGUGGGGUGUGUUAGGUGGGGUGAGUGUGGUGUGGGUGGGAGGUGGGGGUGGUGGAGGGGGGGGUGGGAGUGUGUGUAGGUGGGGGGGGAGUGUGUGUAGGGGGGUGGGCUGUGUGUCAAGGGGGGACUGGGGUGUGUGUAGGGGGGGUGGGUGUGUUUUCAGUGAUAACUGUACAUAUGUGUGAAUGUCUAGGUUAGCUGUCCUGUGUACCGGGUAGGUCGAAGUGUUCCCAUUUUGAACCAUUUCAUGUGUCUGAAGGUGCUAACUCUGCCUACUCUGCCCGGAGAGCAAAUCAAUUGCACCUAGUGCUAGCCAAUCAGAUUGCCCAGAUCACUGUGUCUCAUAAGAGUAACAACAUGAAUUUGUGCAUGUGACAGAAAUAAUACGAUGUGACUUGAGUUUCGCCAUCAGCUUGAAGACGGUGUCCCCUUUUUGGUCAGUCUUAGUGGAGGGGUGAGCUGAGGGAUGGUCCGACGCUGAGACUGACCAGAUGCUGGCACAGUCAGUCCAGUAAAAUAAAUAACACAUUAUUUCAAUGUAUGGUCACUCAGCUGUGCCUCACAAGUAAAACAACAAUCUAUUACCAGUGGAUCAUAUACCUCAAGUUUUGAAAUAGAAUUGUAAAAUGGUCUGAGAAGAACAUCAUUGGCAGGGUAACUCAAGCAUAGCCAAUAUGCAGUGAUAAUGUAUGGGGCCUAUAGCUUACUGCACAAACCUCACCGCUACAGAACUGGUUUUAAUUGGUUAAUGUUGCAUAGGCUUACAUUUUUUAAGUCAUGUUUAAAAUAAAUCUGAGCGGUAGAUCUCGGCCUUCAUUUUGACUCAGAAAGUGAUCUUGGCUCCAAAGUUUGGGUACCGCUGGUCCAGGUGUAUAUAAGUCUUUCCAAUGUGGAGCUAUGUAUUGUGUGUAUACUAACAGGACCCUGGCUGUAUUUGAUGGUUAUGUACAAUCGUGUGUGUGUGUGUGUGUUAACUAUAUUCUCUAUCUCCAGGACACCAUGCCAGAGGUGAGACAGAGCUCCUUUGCCCUGCUGGGUGAUCUGACCAAGGCCUGCUUCCCUCACGUCAAACCAUGCAUCGGUAACGACAUAUACGAUCUCUCUCUCUCUUUCCCUGUCUCUCUCUCUUCUUCCUUUUCUACUAACCAUGUAACUACCAGCCUACCGUACUCCUCCUAAUUCUAUCUACCAUCCUCCCUUACUCUUCCCCCUUGGCUUUCUCUUAAUGUACACACAGAAAAUAAAAUCAUUUUCCCUCUCUGUGUGUGUGUCUCUCUGUGUGUGUCUCUCUGUGUGUGUCUCCCCCCCAGCUGAGUUCAUGCCUAUCCUAGGGACCAACCUGAACCCAGAGUUCAUCUCUGUGUGUAACAACGCUACCUGGGCCAUCGGAGAGAUAUGCAUGCAGAUGGGUGAGUCUUUCUGUACGUGUGUGUGCUUGUAAGUGUACGUGGGUAAUAUGUACAUGUGGAAGAUGAUUUACCUCUCAUUCUUGUUAAUAAUGUUUUUUUUGUUUUGAAUUUGUUAAUUAAAAAACGAAGUAAUUGACAGUUUCGAUGCUGAUAACUUUCAUGCGAUCUUAAUAAUAUCUUUCUCUCCCUCCACCUCUCUCUCCCUCCACCUCUUCCUCACUCUCUCCUCCACCUUUCACCCUCAUCUCCCCUACCUCUCUUACCUCACCUAUCACCCACCCUCUCCUCACCUCUCUCUAGCUAGAACACCCAGAUCUGGUCGAACCAACUGGUAGAAAUCAUCAACAGACCUAACACACCCAAGACCCUGCUGGAGAACACUGGUACAGACACACACACAAGAUAGUGAACACACACAAUCAUUGGGCUUGUUCGACAUUGCAGCCGAUGCAUUUUGGGUAAACUGUGACUGACUCCUCUACAGAUAAUAACGAGAAGUUAUUUAUGAUGCAAAGUGAUUUGUACAUCAGCGAUGUCAAACAAGCUCAGAUUUGUAGUUGGGUGUUGUUGUACACACGAGUGAGACUCCUCCCAUCUUGUUCCAGCCAUUACGAUUGGUCGCCUGGGCUAUGUGUGUCCUCAGGAGGUGGCGCCGAUGCUCCAGCAGUUCAUCAGACCAUGGUGAGUCUUUAAGCAAUAAGGCCCGAGGAGGUUGGGUAUAUGUACCGCGGCUAAGGGCUUUUCUUAGGCACGACGCAACGUGGAGUGCCUGGAUACAGCCCUUAGCCGUGGUAUAUUGGCCCUAUACCACAACCCCCCCCCCCCCCGAGGUGCCUUAUUGCUAUUAUAAACUGUUUACCAACGUAAUUAGAGCAGUAAAAAUAAAUGUUUUGUCAUACCUGUGGUAUAUGGUCUGAUAUACAGCGGCUGUCAGCCAAUCAGCAUUCAGGGUUCGAACCCAAACAGUUUAUAAUAUACAUCUAGUCCUUCAUGUCACUGCCACUUAUCAACAUAAUGUUUAGAUUGACUGGUAUGUGGCGCGGUGGUGUGUGACAGGUGUACGUCCCUACGGAACAUCCGUGACAACGAGGAGAAAGACUCCGCCUUCAGAGGGAUCUGCAUGAUGAUUGGUGUAAACCCUGGAGGCGUGGUCCAGGUAAGCGCGAGGGCAUGGAGAGACCCGCGGGUCCCGACAGAUCGUGGCGGAGUGGUCUGUGUUUUUUCAUGCUGCAGGUCAGACAGACGACUUUAGGAUGAAAAUAUUUUUGGCCCACAGAUUUUUUGCUUCCACUUCAGUAGCCUACCCCUGCUCUCCUAGUUGGGCGUGUGGUCUCGUUGAAAAGAGAAGGGUCACGUGGGGGUUCACUUAAAUAUAAAAUUAGACCUUUAGUAGUUUAUUACAGUGGCUGUAAAUACAUAAAUAUUCAUAUUGGAAAGAAGUGGAGGGCGCUCAACCAACCUGAGUCGAGGUGCUGUCAACAUUUCUUCUCAUUGAAAAGGAAAAGGCACAACGUGCACGUAGAUAGGUUAGGUUACUAUGGUGAGCGUAGGCUAGGUUACUAUGGUGAGCGUAGGCUAGGUUACUAUGGUGAGCGUAGGCUAGGUUACUAUGGUGAGCGUAGGCUAGGUUACUAUGGUGAGCGUAGGCUAGGUUACUAUGGUGAGCGUAGGCUAGGUUACUAUGGUGAGCGUAGGCUAGGUUACUAUGGUGAGCGUAGGCUAGGUUACUAUGGUGAGCGUUAGGCUAGGUUACUAUGGUGAGCGUAGGUUAGGUUACUAUGGUGAGCGUAGGCUAGGUUACUAUGGUGAGCGUAGGCUAGGUUCUAUGGUGAGCGUAGGCUGUCUAUGGUGAGGUAGGUAGCUAUGGUGAGCGUAGGCUAGGUUGCUAUGGUGAGCGUAGGCUAGGUUGCUAUGGUGAGCGUAGGCUAGGCUGCUAUGGUGAGCGUAGGCUAGGCUGCUAUGGUGAGCGUAGGCUAGGCUGCUAUGGUGAGCGUAGGCUGCUAUGGUGAGCGUAGGCUAGGCUGCUAUGGUGAGCGUAGGCUAGGCUGCUAUGGUGAGCGUAGGCUAGGCUGCUAUGGUGAGCGUAGGCUAGGCUGCUAUGGUGAGCGUAGGCUAGGCUGCUAUGGUGAGCGUAGGCUAGGCUGCUAUGGUGAGCGUAGGCUAGGCUGCUAUGGUGAGCUAGCGUUGCGCCUUUUCAUUUUCAAUAAGUACUGCUUACCCAUUUAUGUGUGUCUGCCUGCAAAUCGUCUUCUUAAAGGGGAAUGCACAUGUUUAGUAUUAGUGGAUUGAAUACAUCUCUUUGCUUAGAUGUACUUCCUAAAGUGUUUCCAUUCCCCUUUAAAAGGUAGGCUAUAUCCUAUAGGCCUAUGCAAAACAUAGCAAGUGUCUCGGUCAUGGUUCUAGCUGCUUCCAGGUCAGUAGCUGACCUGUGCGAUCAGGUGUGCGUGUGGUCUCAAUUAAAUAGAUUAGGCUAUAGCCUAUUCAUGGGCGGAGAAGCACGGGCAGUUAUCUUUCCAAGGAAAUGUACAGUACUUCCUAAAUAUGAUUACGCUAUAGUUAUAUAUAAAUAUUGAUCACCCAUAUGUCUCCGUCUGAAAAUCUUCCCACUCCUAAAAGGUAGGCUAUAAAACAUAGCUCAAGAGAAAGUGCACGUCUCUCCAACCCUGCUCUCUUCAAACUCCAUCUCCUAUUGGCUGAUCUAGUCCAGUAAUACAGAUAGCCUAAUAUAAUGGGCCAAGUGACAAUCUCUGGUCAUUUAACUUAUUUCUUACGUUAUUUUUGCGCGUUUUGAUAUUGCCUCUAGGGCGCAAAAUUGCUGCGACCGUGGCUGGCAAGUGAGCUGCGCCACACACCUAAAAUAACAUUGCAGGACUGCGGUUGUGUUUGGAACCAGUUGUUUGCGGUAGCGGGUGGGAAUCCGACAAAGCCAGCAGCAGGUGGUGUGGUAUGAAAAGCUGUAGGCGGGGAGCGGGAUGAGGAAACCAGUCCUACGCAGACCUCUACAUGGAGACACACAGUCCUACUGUAUGGGGAAAUGACAUCACAGCAUUUGUCUGUGUGUGUGUCUCUCUGCAGGACUUUAUCUUCUUCUGUGAUGCUGUGGCGUCCUGGGUCAGCCCUAAAGACGACCUGAGAGACAUGUUCUACAAGGUGAGUGGAUGACCCAGCUCUUUGUGUCCCAAAUGGCAGCCUGUUCCCUUUAUCGGCACUACUAUAGUGUACUAUGUAAGGAACAGGGUGCAUCCUGGGAAAACCGUUGCUUGGCCCAGAUCGUUACUAAUAUCUCAAUGUGUAUGUACUGUAUGAUAGUGUAAUGUUAACCAUAGUCUCAGAAUCAUUUCAGCCAUAUUGUUUCUAUUUUGUCAUUUCUUUGUUGAGGACGAGUAUUUUCUCCUCCUGUCUGCCUCUCUCCGUGUCUUCCCCUCUUUCUCUCUCGCUCCCCCUCUCUCUCCUCUCUUCCCCCUUUCUCUCUCUCUUCCUCCACCACUCUCCUCUCUCUCCCCCCUCUCUCUCCUCUCUUCCUCCACCACUCUCCUCUCUUCCUCCACCACUCUCCUCUCUCUCCUUCGCUCCCUAUCUCUUCUUCUCUCUCCUCCCCCCUCCAGAUCCUCCAUGGUUUUAAAGACCAGGUGGGAGAGGAAAACUGGCAGCAGUUCUCAGAACAGUUUCCCCCCCAGCUGAAGGAGAGACUGUCCGCCUGCUACGGCGUGUAG